GAACUCCCGCCGGCGGCACGGCUGUCCCCGCGGCGCGCCCCGGCCUCCCUCCGCGGCCGCCACUAACAUGGCCGAGACGAGCGAGGAGGUGGCGGUGCUGGUGCAGAGGGUGGUGAAGGACAUCACCAACGCCUUCCGCAGGAACCCGCACAUAGAUGAAAUUGGCCUGAUCCCAUGUCCUGAAGCAAGAUAUAACCGGAGUCCCAUAGUCCUGGUUGAAAACAAACUCGGUGUGGAGAGUUGGUGUGUCAAGUUCCUUUUACCCUACGUCCACAACAAGCUCCUUUUAUACAGAACAAGAAAGCAGUGGCUAAACAAAGACGAAUUGAUAGAUGUCACGUGCACCCUGCUCCUUCUAAACCCAGACUUUACCACUGCAUGGAACGUGAGGAAAGAGCUGAUCCUCUCUGGCACUUUAAAUCCAAUUAAGGACUUAUAUCUGGGAAAACUGGCCUUAACUAAGUUUCCAAAGAGUCCAGAAACAUGGAUUCAUAGGCGAUGGGUGCUACAACAACUGAUUCAAGAAAGUUCCUUACCUUCCUUUGUGGCCAAAGGAAACUUGGGAACAAUACCUGCAGAGAGGACUCAGCGACUAAUACACGAAGAGAUGGAAGUGUGUGGUGAAGCAGCAGGGAGAUACCCAAGCAACUAUAAUGCCUGGUCCCAUCGCAUCUGGGUUUUACAACACCUGGCCAAGCUAGACGUCAAGAUCCUUCUUGAUGAACUGUCUUCUACUAAACAUUGGGCAUCCGUACAUGUUUCAGACCACAGUGGAUUUCACUACCGCCAGUUUUUACUGAAGUCUUUGAUUAGCCAAACUGUGACAGAUACUUCUGUAUUAGAACAAAACUCUUUGAGAAGUGAAGCUACUCUAGUUCUUCCAAAAGAUGAAGAAGCAACAGCUUCAGCAGAAGAAUCAAGGAUCAAUCUACCCCAGCUUCUAGAAGAAGAAGUUGAAUUCACCACAGAUCUUAUUGAUUCGUACCCAGGACAUGAAACUCUUUGGUGUCAUAGGCGGCAUGCUUUCUACCUUCAACAUCAUUUAAAUGGCAGGCUUCCUGGCAGCAUGACCCAGCUGUCACCUGCAGAUAGCCCCGGAAGAGCUUUGUAUGAUUUGCACCUCAUCCCAGCAGGUCCCCAGCCAUCUCAGGCAAUGGAAGUAGAUGGACUGAAUGACUCUAGCAAGCAAGGCUAUUCCCAGGAAACCAAGCGCCUGAAGCGAACCCCAGCUCCAGACUCCCUAGGCCUAGAAAUGGAGCACAGGUUCAUUGAUCAAGUGCUAUCCACCUGUCGGAACGUCGAGCAAGCCAGGUAUGCCAAUGCAUACAGGAAAUGGCUGGUCACCUUGAGUCAAUGAAAGAGUUGGGGUGAUCCAUAGAGUUCCCCUUUUAGUGCAAUACUGCUUUCUUACUGACAUAGUUGCACCAACUUUUUGCUCUUCCUAGGAAACUGUGUGCUCCUCAUCUGUAAGUUAAAAGUCCAUAGUAACUAUUUAUUUUAAAAAUACAUUCCUUUGUGGAUAAAGUAAUAAUUGUCUAGUUCCAUCCUGCUAAACAGUAAGUCUUACUUUUUUUUCAAUUUCUUACACUCUAUUUCUAUGUUGGGCUUCUCAUUUGGACCUUCUAAUGAGUUUAUAUGUAUACCUUUAUCUACUUCAGUUCAGUUGGUGCAUAGCCAAAUUUUUUUAAUUAAAAUUUUUCAUUGUCGUUCAGCUCAAGAACAUUAAUACAAAUGCAAUAUGACUUGUUCUAACUAUUGUUCUGAGAAUCAAAUAACUAAAUAGAUGGAUAUCUGAAGAUAUAAACUACACCUCUUUCUCUACCAUAUUCUCAAGUCCUAGACAAAGAUAACCAAAGUCAGAAGCAUUAGAAUUUACAUGAAAAUGUGCUUCCAGUGUAAUCCAUUCUAAAUGGUUAUUUAAAAAAAAAAAACUAAGGGUUUGUGUAAUUAUAGUGCUGAAAAGCAUUUUUAUUACUAGUUUUGGUAGAUUGUUUUUAUCUUAUAUUUGGUAUAUGCCAAAACAAUCAAGUCAGCCCUUAUAAAAUAAAUGUUUUUCUUUUUGAAAAAGACUUCAGAAUGCCAUUUUUAGUUAACUACUUUUUUUCCUCCUAAAAUCACUUAUGAAAAAUGGGAAACAUACAUAGAAAUGUAUGCAUAUAAACUUCCUUUUUAAACAUUUAACUUAUUGAGGCUAUACUAGAUAAUCAACAAAAAUUUUGUGGACGCCAAGGAGAAAGAGUAGUUUUGAAGAUUAGUUCUUCAAUUUGUAUUCUAAAAAUGAAACAAAAACACUUUGAUACUGAACUUAUCAGGGAUGAGGUACCAAAGUAUCCACAUUAUAGCUGUAUCUUACCUUUUUAAUAACAAGGGCUGCGUUUUUUAGGUUGAUGAAGGGGAGGUAUGGAAUGGGUCACAUAAUGUCCAGUUCAUUAUCUUAUUUCCCCCUUUGUAAAUGGUCUGUUUCUUCUUUGCACAUACCUUUCUCCUUUUUCUAGCCUGUUCCAUCUUUUAUCACCUUCACUUUCGUGUGUUUUCUCUCAUCUGUCUUUCUUUUCAGAUGCCUACUGAAAUUAACUGUCCUAUUUCUCUGAAUUUUAUACCAUAUCUCUAAAAUACAAAGUAUGAUUACUUUACCUAUUCUCUUUUUUCAUGAUUAGUGAUGUGUAGGGUGGGGAGCAGGAUACAGGAUAAAACAGGCUUCUCUUGUCUUAUGAUACUAGAAAGCCUGGACUUGUCUUAAGGGAAACAAAAUAGAUCUUUUUCUUGGGCAUCAUGGUUUUGUUGAGUUAUGGGCUGCUGUACUGAGACUUUGAAGAACACGGGUAUAAACUACCCAGCUUGGCCCCAGUCGAUAGACAUUGCUCCUCUCUUUGGGAGCAAAACUUAACCUUUUUGUAGUUUUUAUACAGUUUAGGUGAGAAAAUAAUUGCCAUUAUAAAUGUAACCCCUUAGCCCCUUGUAUACAAAGCAUCUUUUGAAUCAAAUACCUCAAGUUUUAAUAGACUACCAUGGAUUAAAACCAUUAGACUUAUGAGGUUUCCACUCAUGUGGAGAUUAGGUAGAAACAGCAGAGAAGAUACUAGAAUUUUCAUCCAUUCCAUUGAUACAUUUUGCCAAGUUCUGGCCACACUUGGUAUUAACUUUUAUCAAGCAUCAGUUUUAGUAUCUCAAUCAAUAGGGCUUAUAUUACUCUUUGAUUUGGGCAUGUGUCAGGAAAUGGGUAUAGACCUUACUCUAUGAAGAUUAGCUACAUUUUUAUAGUGCCCCAUGCCUUUUAUACCUCCCACUCAAUAUCUUGCCCAUCAUUGGUGUUAACUGCCUUCAUGCAUCCGAAGGCUCAACCUUUCUGAAGCCCUGCAGCCUUUUAAUAUCUCUUAGUCUCUUGUCUUCCUAAUGAAGUUAUAACUAAGUAGUAAAAAUACAAAUAUCCAAAAGAUAUUGUUAGUAUGUGACUUUUGUGGGCUACUUUAUUUUUAAUACUGAUAUUUUUCAAGUGUUCAUUUAUAUGAAAACAUAGAAUUGUCAUAUAUGGUUGUGAUUUUUUAAGUGGUUUACAUUUAAACUCACUAGCAUAAUAAUGUCUGAUGAAAUGCACUCAUGAAGUAGAAAGAAAAUGUCUAAUUCAGGGACUUGUUAGUCUUACUUUUCUACAAAUAUGUAGUUGUUCAAACAAAACGAUAAGUUAAAUUGACAUAUUUUACCCAGCUCUCACUGGAAGACUAUCAGUUAACAUAAUACCAUCCUGUGGAUCAAAAAAACUACUGACAAGCAAACAGCUAUAAAAUCUGAAAGGGACUUGCCAUAAACCUAGCCUUUUUUUUUUUUUAACUUUAACCUGUUUGGGUAAUACACUAUUUCCCGAUUCUGUGUGCCUUGCACAUUCUGGGGAUUCACUGUUAAUGACCAACUGAAAAAGAGAAUGCUUGGUCAUGAGUGAUAGUGAUAGUUGAAAAAUUAAUAGAUUGUAAGUAAACACUAUAGACUAGCUUCAUAAUUCUUAGGGAGAGUUAUCACAUUUAAAACAACUUAAUUAGAUGUGUUCUCUUAAAUUCAUUACCUUGUUUAAACUUACUAAGUCCCAGACAAGAAAUGCAGCUCUCCAAUUAUUAGAUAGCUGUACUUGCCAUUCAGAAUUCCCAAUGAAUGAAACCCACUUGCAUUAAGAAUACUGUUCUCUGUUCUUUUAUGAUGUUUAAGAACAGAUCUUGCCAACAGAGCCACUAUUGGACAGCUAAAGCAGUUCUUUGACUUUAGUGACCUGUUGAUAUCUCUGUACUUGCAUAGACAUUUUAUGCUUCUCUUUUUUCCCAAACUUGAACUGUGGUCCUGGAAUUUCCUAAACUUGUAAGUCAUUUUUUAAGCUUUAGGAUUUUAUAACCUGUUAAUAUCCCCUAUGACCUCUGGGCCCAGACUUUCAGUCCUAUUUCUUAAUCCUUUAGUAUGGUUCUAAUUUAAAGACUUCGUUAAUGUCUUUCUUUCUUUCCUUCCUUCUUUCUUUCUUUCUCUCUCUUUCUUUCUUUCUUCCUUUCUUUCUUUCUUUCUUUGUUUCUUUCUGUGGCAGUGCUAGAGAUCAAACUCCAUUAACUAUUCAUAGAAUUCAGUGUAGUAUAUAGAUUGUCACUAAAAGCCAGCUAAAUCGUCAAAUAAGGGCUUCUGUGACAUAAGAUGCGGAAAUAAAACGCUUUGCAAUUUUUAUGCAGUAGUCUGUAGAAAACAUAUGAUAGAUAUUGUGUCAUUUAAAUAUGUUUCGGGUCAUCUCAGUUUAUGCUUGGUGAGUGACUGUUUGUGUGCAUGUAUGUGUGUGUAGAGAGAAAAGAGAGGACUUGUAAAAUUGCUGCAAACAAAUUGUCAAUCUUGAAGUUUUCCUUUUUAUAGCACAAGAUGGUAUCUGAAACGGGCUGAAUGCAAUUUGGGAGUGGAACUACCACUCACUAUACAACAAUCUCUACCUUAGCUCCUUGAAUUAUAGAAGAUGCUAAAGAUUUAGCUGUAAAAAGAAGUAACACAAUUUUUUAAAGCUAUUUUCAGCUAAGCUUUAUUCUGUUACUAGGUUAUGUUUAAAGUAUACUAAUAAUUUCAACAUUAUAAAAACUGAAUCUUGUCUUGACUAUCUCAAAUACAACUGACUGUGCUUAUAUACACAACACACACACACACAAAUAUACACAUUGUAAGCACCUUUUUAUUAAAGAAGUAUGUAGAGGCAAACAGUGUCACAAAGCAGUAGCAAAAAAACAUAUACUCGAAGAACUCUUUUUUUACUGCUACACACUGACCCUUUCAAAAGCAAAAUAGCUAUGUAUCUUGUGUUCAUUUGAGUGCCUUUCUUAUUUUUGAGGGGAACAAGCUUUUAUUAUAUUGAAGUCUCGUGUUUUAAGUCAAACUGAGGGACAGAAGUUUUAUUAAACAGCUUAUGAUGACUCAUUCUCACUGCUAGGCAUGGUCCCUGGGCUGUUUGUCCUUCAGUGAGAUACUGUUGUCAGAAGGAAAUAGCUGAUGGUGUCAUCAGUUACCCUGUUAGGCACCUACAAGAAUUCUUUCUCUCUGACAAGUUUCAUUUUGAAUUGUAGGCAUCACAUUUAGUGGCUCUACAGUUAAAGACAAACUAGAACAAAAGACAAACUGUGUUCAAAGGGAAACAGGCACCCUACCCUAAGAUAAAAAAGAGAUGGUUGACCUUUUUUGUUGUUUGGUUUGGUUUUGUGGUGCUGGGGAUCAAACCCAGGACCUUACCCAUGCUAGAAAAGCACUCUUAGCCCUGAGCUAUAACCAGCUUCUUGAAUGGUUGUUCUAAAUGAAUCCUUUGCCUUAUUUUUAAAGACCUUCCUUUCCUCCCACUUAAAGGCUUGAUGUAAAAUAGUUAAAAGGCAGAAAAAUAGGACUUCUUUUUUAAUAACGACAAUAUUAACUAUUUGAGAUGCAAAGUAUAUCAUUUUAUGUAUUUGUGUAUGGAAAGGGAUAGGAAUUUCAUAUUUCAGAAUAGCAAAUAACUGUCCAUUGUAAUUUCAUAAAAGCAUAUAUAGUUAAGAUUCCAAAGUGCUUUAUAGAGAAUUCUUGAGUAAUAUGUCCCUAACGGACAGCAUUCUGCUGUGUUCGUAGUGGAUCGGGACUGGGGGGGAUACCUCAGGCUCCCAGCUUUAGAUUUCUCCUCUCUCCCCAGGCCAGCCAUGUCAGCACUGUAAAACCAAAUUCUUUGCUUAAAAAAUACAUAGGGCAGUAGUUGGUCUGUUGGUGAAACAUUGUGCUUCCAAGAAUAUUAGCUAUAUAUAGUUCGUGCUUUCUGGACAGUAAUGUGAUCCAUAAAGCAAACCCUGACAUUUCUUUAUUCGUUGUUAUUCCUCAGGGUGUAGAUUUAGUCAAUUUAGGACAAAAUUUUAUAUUCAGUGGUAAAAAGAAAAGGCAGAAAUAUGCUAAAUAUAUUACUAGCUCUUAAAAUUUUAGUAUAUAUAGUAUUUUUUAUAAACCACUACCAGUGCAGUAGCUAGUAGAGAUACCCUGCCUGCCUCAUUCUUCUUGCGGCUGAGCCCUCGGGGUUGUGUUCUGAACAUUAAUCUUACACAUGUCUUCUGUGGAAAUAACCACUGAGUUUAUUUUUCCAUGUUUGGGGAAGGUGGGAAAAGUUAUAUUUUAUUUUAGUGAAUAUCAUUCUCAACUUUUAGAAAUCCCAUUGAGGAAAAUGAUUCCUAUUAUUUUUCAAAUUGACAGCUAUUUUGCUUUCUAAGACUUGUGUUUCCUUCAGAAUAUUUAUGGGCAGAUCCUAAACAAUGUGUAUAUACACAUAUAAAUAUAUAUAUAAGAGAUAAGUUUUUUUCAUAUUUGCCUAAAACACUCCAGUUUAAGGCAGUUUUCUCCAGUGAAAUUAGAAAUCUAGAACAACGGCCAGUUUGUUCUACAUCGCCAAAUUAUCUGAGUAAACUGUUCGUUUUGGGCUGUUGGGGUUUAAUAAACCAUAACCUCCUCACCUUUCUCCCAGGCCUCUAGGACAUCAGCCUUAAUUCUUUGUCUGGCAAUCACUUUCCUCAGAGUACUAUGCAGCACACAUGAUUAAAUUAUUCGUUUACAAGGGGAUGAAGUCUUAUACCAUAGUGAUGUAUAAUUUCAUAUACGCAAAUACUGACUCCAACCGUAUUCUGUCAGAGAUAGUUGCUCCUUUCCUCCCCUACUCAAGUGUCACACGUUUGGAGCAGGUAGACUGAGUGCAGUCACACGAGGUGUUAGCGAACAGUCAGUUGUUGUUGUAACACUAGACAAUGAGUUUUCCACAAGGAGACUUGUUACUAUUUCACUGAGGAAUAUAUUCAUAGAGUAAUAUAUGUGUGAAAGUGAACAUUUUUAUCAUUUGACAUGAAUUAUUAAGCAUAUGUAGGCUGGAGUUAGUAACAUGUAGUAAAAAUAUUGUUUAUACAGAACAUUGUCUGGAUAUAGGAGAUGUGAAAAGUUUAGUAUUUUCCUGUGCGGGGCACAAUAAUAAAUGUGAGGAAAUGUCAUUAAAAAUGGUGAUUGAACUCUCGAGGAAAAACUACUGUAGUGUUCUGCAAUCCAUUCUCUUACCACUGUGUCUAGUACUAUCUACUUUAGGCUGUAUUUCUCCCUAAAUUUUAGUUAAUUUUCUAGUGUCUUAAGAGUGGUAAUGUUAUAUUACAUGAAGUAACUUCUGCUUGUUUUUUUAAAUAUCUUUAGAAAGUUUUCAUAAAUGAUACAAUAGUUUUGGUAUCUGUUCACUUUCAGCUGUCAGAGUAUUUUUUGUCAGUUUACUCAAUACAAAAGUUAAACAGUCUGAAACAAACAUUCCUACUUGAGCUGUCAGGAACCAAGUGUGUAGUACAGGUGUAAUUAGGCAUUGCCUUUUGGUGAAGUUUUGAUGCAUGAUUAUGAUGCUGGCUUCUGACUAAAGUGAGCCCUCUCAGUAUUGUGUUUGUUGUGUCUGUGCUAAGAGAAUAAUGGAAUGUGUGCUAAACUAACUUACUGUCUUUUAUUUGAAAAAAAAAAAAAAAGGAAAGAUUGGGUACUAUACAUAUGCUGUGCAUUUACACAACCUACAAAUAAAUGUGAGGGAGAAAAAGGUUUUUUUUUAAGUAAUGAGGUUUUAACACAUUUUAAUGUCUAAUCUUUAGACAUUAUUCAGUUGCUUAGUUUAACACUGAAGACUUUAAGGGAAAGGUCUUGAUACCAUUAGCAUCCACUAUGCAUUUCAAUUUUACGUUGUUUGUAGAUUUUAACUGGCCACCUCCAGCAAAGUUGGAAAUCUAACACAUGUGUCCAUUUGCCCUAAUCAGCCAGGUAAAGAACAUUUCAGUAAAUCGCAGUGGGUAUUUUAAGAUUUUCUUGUACUUUGUAUUCAAAUGGACAAGUUACAUAUAAGUGUUUUGGUGAAGGGUCAGAUCCUAGGCAUUAAAAGGUUAGUCUGGCUACCUUGUUUCACUAAUAGCAGUCCUGUGUUUCUGCCUUCUCCAACAUAGCAGGCUGCAUUGAACCUUUCUCCUUUAGCUCUUUCCUAAAGUAAUUAUCCCUUUUAUAAAAGGGUUAAUUAUUUAAGGGUUAAUUAGUAAGGAUUAAAUAUUUGUGAAUUUUUUUACAUUUAGAAGGUAUACCUUGGAAAGGGAUAAGAAUAAAAUGUUCAAUAAGGUAUGUGCAGAAUGCACUUGUGGUGUUCUGGGAAUUAGUACUCUAGAGUGCUUAAAUUAUUAGCUAAAUUCUUAGGCUAGUAUUACAAUGAUUUUGUAUGAUCUAUAGCUGCACUAUUCAAUAGAAAUAUAAUGUGAGCCACAAAGUACUUUCUCAUUUUCUUGUAGCCAUGUUUAAAAAGAGGUGAAAUUAACUUUAAUAAUGUUUCAUUGAAUCCAGUAUGUUGAAAAUAACAUUUGUAUAAGUAAUAAAUAUAAAAAUUAUUGAGAUGUAAUAACUACCUUCUUUCCAUAAACAAAGUCUUAAAAAUUUACUGUGUAGUUUACAUUUCCAACAUGUCUCAAUUCUGACUGGCCACAUUACAAGUACUCGAGCCACACGGACUAAAGGGCUGCUAUACUGGACGGUGCAGAUUCAUGGGGUACUUAUUUUAAAUAUGGAGGUGAUAAAUGUGAAAUUAUGGUACUUUAAGUUAUUUGAGAUAUUUAGAAAAAUGUCUAGUAGAAUUAGCCACUUUCCUUCAUCUUCAUAUUAAAUUUGCUCUAGAAGUCAACCUGUUCCAAUUUGACUUGCCAACUAUUUUUUAAAGAAAUUAUGUGCCACGUAAAAUACCAUGAUAUUUGAUCAUAACACAUCAACAGUUCCUUUUUCAGGUGUUUUCACUAUUGUGACCUGCUCCUUCAAAAUAAUGGCCUAAAUGCAUGUUAAUUGUAGAUCUGUACUCAUUUUGUUAUGUAUUAUUCUUAUUAUAUAACCAUGUAUAUUAACAGCCCUAGGAUUCUGAUCUUUCUAUGCAGCCAUAUUUCAGUACCUACUGGUACACUUACUAAGUUAUAAAGAAUGACAGAGAAGUAGAAUGAAGCAUUCCUUUUCUCAUUAGAUUAGUUUUCAACUUGUGACUAUGUUCCAAGCCAGCUAUAAAUUACUAUAUUUCUGAAGAAUACAGAAAACAGGAAAUAGUAUUUGUCUUUGCUAAAUGUCUCCAAUUUCUAAGUAAACUUUUCAUCUCCUAAAAUGA